GGACGCCUGGCGUCCCGGCGCCUGUUUAUCCAGUGUGCUCACAGCAUCCAGCGGGAACGGACGUUUCGCGUCGGGAACAACAUUUCGUCCAAAACUUUUAUCGACUUGUAAGAGGAUCGUUUGGUUGAAUGCGGUCCACAACGUAGAGAAAUACAACGUAGGGUAAACCGCCCACCUACAAAAUGCCGGUUGGAGGCAGAGUCGCUGGGAAAGUUACCGGAUAUAUCUCCAACGGAUAUAAUGGUCGCUCCUACCAGGGAAUCAACGAAGAGAUCAUUUGGGUCAGCAUAGGCAUGGGAAUCGCCAUCGCUGUCCUAAUCACGAUAGCACUUUGCUACAUUAUGCGAGAAAAGUGUAUUCAGAGGCGAGAAUACUACAUCACGGCAUGAAUCGUCCCCCUUUGAUUAAUUAAACAUUAGUUAUUACUGAAUUAGCGCGUAGUCUCUUCCUGUAUAUAAGUACAUUUAGAAUUUCAAAUUGCUCACUAAACUUGCCAUUUAAACGCAUCAAAUUAAAAAAGCGACAAUAAUGAGUUUGCCGGAUUUCUUGUUGAGUUUCGCUGUCCAACUAACUCUAGACUGAACCAAAAGCUCGGUAAGUUAAAGUCUUAUGUGAUAAAAACAAGCUAAAUGACCAUGCCAGGGUAGCAUUAGUCCUAGUCGAAGUUUCCCGAGCGCCCCCGUGGUAAAUUUAAAUCAAUUACAAGCGAAACGUCAAUUAAUGAAAACACCAAAGUUGGCGAACGCAGGUGCACCCACAUUAAGAAAAUUAAGUCACUAAUGUAAUCCCAAACUUCGCGAAAAACGCUAUCAGAGCUGAGCUUCAAUGAUAAGAAACCGUUUUCGUUUAUUUUCCCUGGAGAACUUGUCGUAAAAUUUGUCUCGCUGGAUGAGAUCCCACAUUAGGGGAAAAACUCGAAAUAAAAUCGUGUGGCGACUCUUCAUACAGUUGCGCCAACUUAAAUCGAUGCUUCGAUAAACCGGAAUAAAUUUGAAAUUCAAAGUACACUUGGAUUUACCACGGGGCUGUAGGCCUAUGUAAUCUUUGUCCUUUUCUGUGGACCAAUACGUAAAUCUGUGUAACUAGAUGUAAAUGUGAAAGGUAGUUUAGUCGUUUUAAAUAUGCUUUUCGAGACUUUAUUAUAUGAGUUCCAACACC